AUGCCUAGAUUUACCUUCCUCCGCCUCAUAAAAACUUUUUCCCUCUUUUGGGCCGGGCUGGUUAGCCUGUGGCUCUUUCUGCCCUCACCAAGCCCGCCGCUCGCCGCCGAGCUGCGCGACCAGCUUAUUCAGACUGAGCUAACCUCUGGCGAAAUCCUGCAUACUGUGCACAAAUGGCACGAUUCGUAUGCGAGUGUAGAUGCUAGCGGGCAUGUACCUAGACCCAGCGAUGAUUGCGCGGGUUUGCUGGUUGACUGGCAUCUAAUAAUAUCUGAAUCUGAUGUUACACAGCAGCACGUCUUGCUCAAAGUCGGCGAGCAUACGACACUAAACCUUACUGAUGCGGUUCUCAAAUCUGCAGAGGGGGGAGAAGAAGGAGGAUCUACCAGAUCUACAGAGUCUCAAGACCACAACGCUCUCAGUGGUUUAUAUGUCAGUGACCUGCUGAGCGUCGAGGUGCGGGCCGGCGAUGAGGAUCAUAUCAUCAAUAUGCCCUGGUUCCGCUGGGCUGAUAUGGCUCUGUUUCAUCACCAGAUGCAUGGCUUUUUAUACACUAUUGAACUCAAACUCGUCGCGCGCCAGAUUGGAGGACGCGUCGAGAUCUGGAAAGCAUCGGCGCUGGCUGGUGCUGAUGCUAGCUAUCUGCUCAACCCCAGGCCAGCGGAUCGCGAGCUUGGUCUGCUAGCUUCUUUUUCAGACGUUCAAUUAUCACCUUCUUCUUCUGCUACUACUACUGCUACCGCUCUCUCAAACAUCCACAUCACCGACGUCAAGGGCGACCUCCCUUCCAAAACCUACCCAAUCCGCUCCUUCAUUCUCUUCUACCUCGCUCCCUUUCUGACUAUAUGUCUUUUCCUCGCCAUCUACCUGGCAUCUCCGGUCCUCACCUUUUUAUUACCUCUUGUUGCUCUUUAUAUAGUCAUUAUUGCGCUGUGUUGGUGUGUAGCUGUGCGUCAACCCACCUAUCCCGGUUUUGCAGAAUGGCGCGCUUCGUUUUGGAUGACGAGGUACGUUCCCUGUUCGUCGUCGGCGCGUUCGCGUCGGCAGCAAAGAAAAAGAAGAGGAGGACGGCAGGGUCCUGUUGUCAUUUGGGGACCGACGGGUCCGGUGUAUGAGUCGGAUAGGAACGAGACGGAUAGGUUGAUUGGAUCGCUCAAGAGAGGGCGAUAA